AAGUCAAAGCUCCAAAAAAAGGUUUCUUCCUUCUUUCGAUGGCUUGAUCAUCUCUUUCCAGAUCUGUACGUUCUAGCAGCAAUGGAGAAUCUACCUCCUCCUGGUUAUCGUCCCAAUGUUGGUGUUUGUCUAAUCAAUUCUGAUAAUUUGGUAUUUGUAGCUUCAAGAUUGAAUGUUCCUGGAGCAUGGCAAAUGCCACAGGGAGGCAUUGAAGACGGAGAGGAUCCAAAGUCAGCAGCCAUGAGAGAGUUGCAAGAAGAAACUGGAGUCGUUUCAGCUGCAAUCAUCGCUGAGUUAACCGUCUCUGGGGUGGUGAAUGGCAUGGUCAAGCGCAGAAAUGACGACGAGGACGAAAGAGAGAUCAAUCUAGCGAACAACGAAGCAGCGGAUUCAGAGUUUACGGAGUGGAAAUGGACGAGACCGGUAGAAGUGGUAAAGCAAGCAGUUGAUUACAAAAGGCCAACUUACGAACAAGUCAUCAAGACUUUUGGUUCUCGCUUGAAUGAUACAGGGAGAGCUGCUAAAUGUAAAUCAGCAAAAUGGUAA